UAAUGGAUUACACUCAUGAGUAGCAGUUGAUGAUUGCGUAAGUUUCCACCGACAUACCGUGUUGAUCGGAGUAAUCAACAACUCAGCCAGACGAUAAGGCAGAUUAGCAGCUGUUAAUCGUUCGGAUUUGACCUUGCCGUGUGGAUAUGCAAUUAGGUGGGCUCAUUGGUGUGAAUGAGUUGCUGGAGUUGGAGCGAGGUCGAAGUUCGGAGAAGCUGCGGUAGAAGCGGUUUGACGAGAUCCAUGCACACAUGGACGAUGCUUCCGACAACACUUUGACACUGCUCCGCGGUAGUUGCGGGCAUCAUUCUUCGGUACAGCCUGGGUUGAAUCUCACUCGUCUAGCAACCAGUGGAGAUACGGUCGUUGGAGCUUACGCGGGCAAAAGCACUUUGCGGUGACGCCUAGCGCAGAGAUAUUCUAGAGAUAAACCCCAUGGGAAUCUCUUAGACGUCGUUAUCGCAGGACAGCGUUUGGGAAUUUGUAGCAACGGCGACGCGUGACCUGCGGCUGAAUUCUAAUUGGCGUUAGGUAGUGCGAGCGUAGUCGAAUCCAAGGGAAGGAAUAAUAUCCAGGGAGAUAAAUAGAAAACAUUCCUGUGCAAAAUUCAUGACUUCGACUAAAACUGAGAAGAAAAUAGCUUAGCAGCAACACAAUUGGCGUUUAGAAGUCUUUCUGAGUUACGAACUCAGCGAGGAUUUGAUGCGAGACAGAGGUGAAACAGGAUUGAGCACCGGUGUCCGAUUCGCAAGUGAUCAUGCUCAGAUCCAGUGAAGUAGCACAGGAACAUUAAUUCUGCGCAAUCGAUUGCACAACGACGCAAUUUAGUAUUCCUUUUCGUGUAGCAAUCACAAAAGUAGUCGUGGGAUACGAGAGGCAAAGAUUGUAGAAACUUGCAGAGGUUUUUGAAACGCGUGUCUCCGAAAUCAAUCACAACAAGACGAGCUUGGGAUUUAGACGGGUAGGGGAGAAAAAGACGCUCUUCGGAAGGGCCCGCGCUGGCUCUGCUGAGAUAGCUAAUUCGGAAUUUAGGGGGGUGAGUGAAGAUUUUUGUUGAAAUUUUGUUGCAAUCUGAAUGUGCAAGAGCUGGCCUCAGUCGUGACUCUAGAUUUCUUGUUCAUCAGCAUGCUCGCACUGGUUCCAGACAUAGUUCUUUCCCAUGUAACCCCUCAGUUCCCCCUCGUGACUGCAUUCGAAGUUGAUACUCUAGGAAUUCUGUGGCAUACAAGCUCAAGAAUCAUUGGAGAAGUCCUCGCGGGAUGAGCGCCUCUAAGGUCCUCCGUGUGUACUGGUGCUGUGUCGUUGCGUUGAUCUUUCUGCUCAGUCCCGUUUCUACUCAAGGACAAACUGCUCUCCAGAUUGAAUUCAUAGAAACUCCUGUUAAUAUUACGGCGACGGAAAAUGCUGUGUUCGCGUUCAACGUCGUGGACAGCAAUGGAUCCUAUCCUUGCGCCGCACAGCAAUGCUCUUUCAGAUGUCAGCUAGAUCAGUUUCCUUCACAAGACUGUGUCGAUUUGCGUGCUUCUUUCAGUAACCUCACCGACGGUGUCCACAAUUUCUCUGUAUUCGUAAAUACUUCGAGUGGAGCCUCCGCAGCAUCACAAUUCCGUUGGGCAAUUGACACUGUUGCUCCAACGGCUGCCGUCACUGGAGUGCAAGCUUUCACCAACGCACUGAACGUGACGGUGAGCAUUAUCUUCAGCGAAGCCUGUGGAUUCGUCUGUUCAAAUGAGAGCUUCUGCGAUCUAUGGAUUCAUGGAGGGGGGGCCGUCAUCCCCUCCACUCUGAAGGAAAUUGAGAAGGGGCGAAAGUAUUCCGUUGUAGUUGCUCUUCCCACAACUAUUCGGAGCGGCAAAAUUCAGGCCGUGAUUGGCAGAAACUCCUGCACCGAUGCGGCGGGGAAUGUACUCCGACGAACGAACGUGUCUUCUUCAAUAAUUCGCUUCGAUCGAAGGGUACCCAGUGUGCACUUGUGGACCUCGGUUCCGAGCUCUAAAGUAAUUAUCAGUAAUCAGGCAAGGACGGUUGAAGCAACCAACAACGCCUCGGAUUUAAGAGUUUACUUGGACUUUGACGAGCCCAUCACAAGCUCAGCUGUGGAGCUGCGGCGUGCUUUGAGUGUCAGCAACGGGAUCCUCACGCCGAUAGCGCGGAAGAGCAACGGGAAUCGUCACUUCGGCUACGCACUCAGGAAUGUUACCAAUGAUUCCUUGGUCUCAAUCGCUUUGGCAGGAAACACAGUUACCAACCGAUAUGGCACGCCUUUGCCAACAAACAUCAGUACAACAUUUUUCUAUGAUACUGGGAGACCACAAGUUCAGAUCAGUACCACUUUUCGUACGAAGACAAAGGAUACUGUUCUCCCCUUUGUUGUUCAAUUUACAGAGCCUGUUUUCAGAUUCAAUUCUUCCGAUGUGGCGAUAUCAGGAGGAAAUCUAAGGAGCUUCAAGGAGAUCGAUAAGAGCACCUACAUCUUGGAAGUAACUGCGAUAGACAACGAGCUUGUGACGGUCUCUGUCCCUGAGAAUCAGACUGUGGACGUUGCUGGAAACUACAAUCUGGCUUCGCCCAACUCACAAGUUCGACAUUAUACAACACCUUUAGUCUCGGUAUUGAUCUCCUCCUUGAUAACGGUGGGACUGUCGUCGACGGCCAUGGUGUCCGUGGCGAUCUCCAUCUCAUCCGCAACUCUAGAAGCUGUAGGUGCUGUCUCGGCUCAAAAGAUUGAUGACCCGCGCAGAAAUCUGCUGGGAUUACUAGGCCAUCUUCAAAUCCUUGCUCUGUCAGGGUGGCUGGCAGUGAGCCUGCCAGCCGAAUACCUAGAGGUGACAGUUGGUCUUCGAUGGUUGAUUCCUCACAUGGACACUCCUUGGCAAAGAAGAGAUGUGCUCAACACAGGAACCAGUAACCAGACCACCACUUCCACCAUCCUGCAAAAUGUGAUCAGUGGUCGUCGAAGAUUACUAGAAAUUAAUGAAAGACUGGGCAAUCUACAGCACAAUAUGCACAGAGGUCGUGAAUUGGGAGCUAACAGUACCUUGGAUGGCCCAGCAAUGGAGGCUAGUGAUUACGAGCUCUACUUCCUGCGCCACACUCCCAACAAAGGAGCUCUGGAGAGUGUGCUCAUCAGCAACAAGUACAACGGAUGGCAAGAGUUUCAGAGAAAUAUGUUUUGGAUAGGUGUUGUGGGAGGAGGCGCGAUCCUGUUACAUAUCUUGAUCGUCCUCUUUCUUCGGUGGCGGACAAGGGCGCUAAUCAAAGGAGCCCUUAUCAUUCCUCGCUUCGAACUUUACCUCUUAAUUCUUGCCAUACCAGGAUUAAGCCAAGCGUCUGCCUUCAUUAUCAGACAUGGCUCACGUGUUAGCAUUGCAGUCGGAGGAUUACUGCUCUCAGUCCCAGUAGCCUUCCUCAUUGCUGUCUUAGUUUUUCUCAUCUACGGCAUCUUCAUGGGGAGGCUGGUCCAGUACGAAGAGUUUCGCUACGAGGUUCAAAGCCACGGAUACGUUCAACCGCAGAAGCCUCAUGGGCUUGUCAACCUUGUCGCUGGUGCAGGCUUCCCAGGGAAGUGGGUCAGAAACAAUCAUCUUGCAUCCACUUUCCGCUCUCGCUAUGGCUUGAUUUUUGAGGAUUUCAAAGGUCCUCCGACAAUUCUGGUACACAAAAGGGCUCAAAACCUGAGACUAACCAUCAAACGAGCCGGCAGUACGAUGAAGAGUCCAGACUCCAACGAUGGGUCUAACGAUACUGUGGAGGUUUCUGACGCUCCCCGUGUACUCGGAGAUGCACGAGCAGCCUACAUUCUAGUGGAUCUGUCCAGAAGAAUCACUCUGGGUCUGUUGUUCGGAUUGUAUCCUCUGUCAGAUCACUCAUGGAGUCAAGUAGGUGUAAUCGUGGGCAUAACUGCCUUUCAGUUUGUAUACCUCGUGGUGAUCAAGCCGUUCAGGAGACGAGGGGUGCAAAUGGUGGAGACGAUUGCUCUUCUGUGCGAACUGGGGGUUUUUGUAGCGGGCAUGGUUCUGCUCGCGAGGAAACAACCCACAGAUUUGAAUUUUAGUAUGGGAGUUUUUAUGCUCGUGUUGCUCGUCUUCAGCUUCGUGACGCAGCUAGUCAACGAAUGGUAUGCGCUUGUGGAGCACCUAAUGCGCCUCUCAACUUCUCAAGAACCUUCUCUCAAGGACGGACUAAAAGUUUUUGCAAGGGGAUUGAUUCUCCCGUUCACUCCACACCGCAUGCGGGGAAAGUUUCCAGGUAAUCAAGCGCCAUUACCAGUAACUGCGGUGGCAGAGUCUCAAAAUUGCCGGAUAUCCGCAGGGAGUUCUCAUGUAGAAUCACCGCAAUCUGUGUCUUCCAAAAGCAGACCACACCCACUUGCUACACCGCUUCCUCUUCCAACUCCAGAAUCUGUUUCUUCUAAUCCAGGAUCCGUUGCACAAAUCAUGGCUAUAAACGCGGACAGCGGCCCACAGAACGAAUCGGAGGAGAUUCAAGCUGAAGCGUCGCAGAGAUCCGAGAGGCAGACAAGCAGGAGUCACUGGAUGAACAUCUUACAAGGAAGACAAUCACAAGGAAGAUCACAGAGGGGAAUCGAGAGUGAAGAAUUGAGGACUUUGAGAGAACUAGCGAAGGCAAGUUUUCCUCGGCAUCCCAACGCCGGUCACUCCGAAUUAGAGCAAGCAUUUGCUACUACCAAUCCGGUUCAGGGUUCUCCUCCAAUUGCAAAGUCUCGUGAGGUCGACGAAAGGCGGUACGUUCGGAAGCGGAGACAGUUUCUCGAUGAGCCAGAUCUUCUCUCCAGGGGAUCGAGUCCUAUCAUAAUCUCAGACUUCAUCGCAGUGGUCCCUUCAGACAGCAACAUCAUCUUCCCGCGUGAGGAUCCUCUGCCUCAGCCCGAACCUGCACACCUUGUCCAUCCUCCCACCAUGCUCACCUCUUCGCCCAGACGCAACAACAAAGGGUUGGGAUUUAUGUCAAGUCAUUCUGAGAGUCUGCGUGAUGACAGCGGCGCCAUCCGACCACUGGAAGAACGAUGACCUCCGAACUGUGACAUUACCUUCGGCGUCAAACCACUACCACUUCGAUGUACUUCAACAACACGGUAACACAGAGAAACGGCAACGCCAAUGCAUAACAAUGUACUAUAGCUUUAUACAGCAGCUCGGUAGGUCAAUCAAGUGAGAGUUUCGCAAGUGGGAUCAUCAUAAGCAUCGACAUGGAGAACCACAUUUGCGAGUGAUUAAGCGACGAGAAGCAAACAGUAGAGAACCAGCUGAGCACGCAUCCACCGCAAGUUGUCCAUAAAACUCAAGACACCAUGCUCCAUUGUCCAGACUCUCACCAUUCCUGCAACGUCUCUCCUCGCCACACCAACUCAUUUCGAGCUCGCGCAGUUUGUGUACACCACUGUCCUGGAGACAAAUCCACGCUCGCGUUGAGCACUGAUUCAUCAGGUAGAUCCUGAGCAUUCUUGCCACAACAACAGCAAUUGCUGCCACAAUUUUGCAGCCGAACUCUACUCUGAAGAUGGCACUUUUAGUGUGUAGUUCGUGAAGAGACUCGCUUGUGCAUAAGAUUGCCGUCCUUCAAUGAGUCAACAGAAUGGUGCAAAUUUUUGUGUAGAUUUUAGACAGAGUGAUUUUAGACAGAAAAUGAUUACAGAUAGGAAAUGAUUUUGCAUUUCACUAGCCGCCGCCGCCGCCGCCGACUGUUGGUAGUUUAGUCAACGAUUCAGCAUGUUAAUGUCCCACACAGGGUUGGAUUUGUACCAUACAAAAGUCAUGUGUUAAGUUAAAAUUUUUAUCGAAAUUUUGACAAUUAGUUCCAUCGCUAUUGA